AUGAAUUUUAAAGCAGAAGCUUUCUAUUUUGUAAAUCAGGAUGAAAAUAAUUUUCGUUUGCGCUGCUUUAAUUUUUUUGAGCUUGGAAGGAGUUUGAGCUGGUGGGCCAAGUCCUUUAGUCCUUGUGAUCAAGCAAUUGAUCAAGGAGAUGAACCAUGCGAUGAUUCUCGUGCUGAUUUUGUAUGGUUCUAUUUCGAAUCACAAGGAAUUUGCGUAACAUUAGAAUAUACGGGAUGUGGAGGAAACGACAACAGAUUUGAGUCAGAAGCUGAUUGUAUGAUGGAAUGUGUUCAACCUUAA